AUGAGUGUUUUUAUGCUCCCUAAGAGUGUUACUAAGGAGAUAGAUCGUUUAUGUAGAAAUUUUCUUUGGGGAGUUAAGGAAGGCAAUGUUAACCGCAAUAAAUUACACUUCACUGCUUGGAGUCAAGUUUGUCUUCCGAAGUGUAUGGGUGGUCUUGGCUUUAAGAAGGGCAGUUCUUGGAACACUAUUCUCCUAGCUAAGUUUGUUUGGGCUGUUUCUAGUAAGCAAGACAUUCUUUGGGUAAAAUGGGUCGACUCAAUCUAUCUAAAGGGUCAAGAUUUCUGGUCUUAUUCUAUUCCUCAAGAUGUUAGUUGGUAUUGGAGGAGACUAGUGAAAUUGAGGUCAAUCUUCUCUGAUAUCAGCUUAGCUGCGGCUGUGAAGGGUGAUAAACUCUGCUUGAAGUUGCUGUAUUACAGUUUACUAAACAGGGAAAGAGUUGAAUUUGCUGAUGUGGUUUGGUGCUCUAUGGCAGUCCCGAAGCAUAGAUUCAUCCUGUGGCAAGCUUCUCUCGGCCAUCUUCUUACUCGGGAUAAGUUGCAUCAAUGUAACUUGGAGCUGCCUUCUUUACUGUGUCCUGUUUGUGAAUUGGAGCAGGAAUCUCAUGCCCACUUGUUUUUUGCUUGUCCCUUUUCACAACAGCUCAGGGCUCAUUUGUUGGAUUGGUUGGGUAGGGAUAUCUGGCCGAUUACUUAUGCUAACUGGUGUACCUGGAUGUGUGGGAAGCUGAAAAGUCUGAAGUAUCAGGUGUUGGCUGCUGCAUUGGCAGCUGCUGUGUACAUGGUUUGGAGAAAUAGGAACCUCUGUGUGUUUGAGUUGAGAUCUUUGGCUAUUGGUCCUGUAAUUCAAUUGAUUAAGUCCAGUAUUAGAUCUAGACUAGCCAGGCUGAAAGUUAGGACCUGUGAGGUGGUAUUCUUAGAGGCUAUUACUCAGAUGUAA